UAAUUUUUAUUUUUAAUUUUUGGCGUGCCUCUCCCCUUUUCCCCCUGGAGUUACAAACUAUUUCCGAAGCUGCUCCCGCUCUCUGAAUUUCCCCCCGUGGCACAACAAGCCCGUCCGUGGAAACCACCACCGCAGAGAUCCACCGCGGCGGCUCCGCUUCUUCUUUUGCACCAACCGCUUCGGUUAUCUCCCUAUAAACCUGUGUUCCCGUUAUAUUUACCCCCCUUUCCACGCGUGCCUCCCCCCCCCCCCCCGCCCCGCUCCCCGCGGCCGUGCGCUGCGGGGCUGUCUCCGCUCCGCGUGUGCGUGGUUCCCGUGACACGGCGGGUCGGCGGAGCCGCUCCUCCAACUUUCCCUGCCUAAAUUUGGCCGGAACAUGUCUCUGACCAACACAAAGACGGGGUUCUCGGUGAAGGACAUUUUGGACCUCCCCGACACCAACGAUGAGGACGGCUCCGCUGCGGAGGGGGGUGAGGAGGAGAGCGAAGCGCCGGAGCCCCCCAGGAAAGCGGGGGUGCUGGGGCAGACCCCCUUGGACGCUGUGCAGACGCUGCCUUUGAAGAACCCCUUCUACGAUAGCAGCGAUAAUCCCUACACGCGAUGGCUGGCGAGCGCCGAGGGCAUCCAAUACUCCCUGCACGGGCUGGCGGCGGGCGGCGGCGGCCAGGACCCAUCGGCCAAGUCACCGGAGCCGUCGGCAGACGAAUCACCCGACAACGAGAAGGAAGCAGCGGGCGGCGGGGACGCGGGGAAGAAGAGGAAGAGGAGGGUGCUCUUCUCCAAGGCGCAGACCUACGAGCUGGAGCGGCGGUUCCGGCAGCAGCGGUACCUGUCGGCGCCGGAGCGGGAGCACUUGGCCAGCCUGAUCCGCCUCACCCCGACCCAGGUGAAGAUCUGGUUCCAGAACCAUCGCUACAAGAUGAAGCGGGCCCGGGCCGAGAAAGGUAUGGAAGUGACUCCUCUGCCCUCCCCGCGGCGGGUGGCCGUGCCGGUCUUAGUCAGGGACGGCAAACCCUGCCACACGCUCAAAGCUCAGGACUUGGCAGCCGCGACCUUCCAGACGGGAAUCCCUUUCUCCGCCUAUAGCGCCCAGUCCCUACAGCAUAUGCAAUACAACGCCCAGUACAGCGCGGCCAGCAACCCCCAGUACCCCACAGCACACCACUUGGUACAAGCGCAGCAGUGGACUUGGUGAAGGCUGGAGGGGAGCGCGCAUCCCCCCGCACCCGCGUACCCCCCAUACGCGAAAAGAGGAGGAAACCCCCGAAAUAAUAAAGCGAGACAGAGAGGGAGACAGACUGAUGCUCCAAAAAUGAAACUCAAAACUGCGGGGGAAGGGAUGGAGAGGGAAACGCUAUUAUUAUUAUUAUUAUUAUUGCUAUUAUUAUUAUUAUGUUGUUU